AACAAGACAGAACGACUAAAGCUAAUGCUAGCGAAUAUUUAAAGGGCAGGUUAAUAAGAGAGCUACUAAACUACGUGAUCUAUGCUGUCUGGACAUUAUCCAACACUGGUGACUCAUGGUUUAUCAUCGUUGAACUGGAGAGCUUUAAGAUAUCACAGUUUGAUUGAUUACCGACUGUGGUCGUGCGCAUGACAAUCCUCGUUGGGUUUAUGACUGGUCGCCACCUCAGUCGCUGAUCUGAGGCCGAGUUACACGCAACAUAUACGCAUAAUGUUGCCCAAGAGUCAAGUUUUGGGUGUGGUCUGUCUUCUGCUGGUCGUACUGCUGGGGGAUCACAGCGCAGUAGCUCAAAAUGAUGUUGUAAAGGCCUGCAAUUUGAGCACAAGUAUUGCCUUGGAUUUGGAUAAGUUUGCUGGCAUUUGGUGGGAGGUUGCCCGUCUGCCAUCCACCACUUAUUUCUGCACUGAAGUGAAUAUUACCGUGUUGGAUAAGCCCAAAGAUAAUGUUCUUAUCGCCACGACCUAUGGCGUAUCGCCGGACUAUCCGUGGGUCAAUCAAACGAUGAACGCCACCCUGACAGUGGCGAACUUUACAGAGGAACAAGAUGGCUACAAUUUUACGUACUGGAAUCCACCCAACUACUCGCCGUACACCUUGUUCAAGGUGCUGAAUACCGAUUACACGGACUUUGCCUUCAUCUGUGGCUACACCAAUGCCACGGAUAAUGGGACAUCGUUUGGUUUGGUCCUCACCCGAGAUCGUACACCCAGCACCGAUACAUUGAACCAACUGGAGGGCAAUGCGUCAGCCAAUUUUCCCUUCAACUUCCUAAACGGCAGCAUGUCCGCGAUCACUCAGGGCGCAACUUGCUAUGCCCCCAGCAGUGCCAAUCCCCUGACGAUGAUCUCGGUUUUCCUGUUGGCUGUGACUGGACUUUUGUGUCUACUGGAGGCUCGUCAUUAAAUCUUAUUUGAAUUGUGGGUUUGUUCAAGUGAAAAGCUAGUAGAUUAUAAGUGACUGAAGCGUUGUUCAACACUUUUCGGGCAAUAAAGAGCAGGAGUGUGUGUUUUCGUA